AUAAUGUUACUACCUGCUCGUACCCUUCACUUUGAUUACCCAUGUCGUUAUUGAAGCUAUCUUCUUUAAUUUCAUUAUUACUGCGUCACGUUUGAAUUCCCCUUUGUCACACUCAUGAGAAUGAACACAUGGCAUUGGCAAAACGACAGAUAAAACGUCACAUGCCCAGCCAUAAGAGCCGAUUCUUCACCGCGAAUGAGCUGAGGUGCAUGCCCGGAUCCUUCGAGUGCCAUGACGGAUCUUGCAUCCCGGACCGCUACGUGUGCGACGGAGAGGCCAACUGCUCAGGAGGCGAGGAAGAAGUUGACUGUGCCGAGUGCAGUGGGGGAUAUUUCCACUGUACAAGCGCCGACAUCUGCAUCCCUGAACACUUUAUCUGUGACUCUUUCAAUGACUGUCCUGGUGGGGAAGACGAGGUCCACUGCUCUGCUACAAGCCCCCCUGACUGCGGCGAAGGGUACUACAAAUGCAACGGCGGUAGCUGCAUCAACAACAGGUUCCGCUGUGACAGUUUCGGUGAUUGCCCUGAAGGAGAUGACGAGAUUGGAUGCACUGAGUGCACCUCCGGCUUCCACUGCCAGAACGACAUCUGCAUUCAAGAAUCCUACAUCUGCGACGACAUCGAGGACUGCGAACGCGGGGAAGACGAGAGCAAGUGCGACUGCGAGGACACGGACUACUUGUGCUCCAACGGGCACUGCAUCCCGGACGAGUGGCACUGUGACGCAUCACCGACUGCUUCGGCGGCGAUGACGAGCUGAACUGCGGCGCCAGAGUUGCCCCCAUGGUCUCCUACAGCAAGAUCAGGAC